GGGGUUUCGGGGAGAAGAUGUCAUCAGCCGUAUACUUUUAGCUAAGAAAUCGCGAUUUGUUUUCACGACGCUCGGCUUCGAUCUUUUUUUCGACUGUCUAAGCACUCUUCUUUGGCCAUUCUACAUUAUCGACUAUCGGCAUCAUUCUGUCGAAAAACUGCUUACCACCUUACGUUGCUAACCAUAGCUUCCAAGCAAUCAAGAGGCACACCACGUGGAAACGAUCGGCACGAUGGGUUCUGCGGGGAAGUACGAGCUGCCUUUCAAACUCAACAACCCAGACUUACUACGUAACUUGUCCUACGUUAACGGUGAAUGGGUAAAAUCCAAAUCUGGCAAGACCUUCGAGGUUGUCGAUCCCGGAACUGGCAAAGCCUGGAUAGAAUGUCCUAUCAACGAUGCAUCCGAUGUCGACGAAGCCGUCAAGAGCUCCUACGAGUCCUUCUUAGAGUAUAAGAAGACUAGUCCUCGGCAAAGAGCGCAAAUGCUCUACAAGUGGGAUUCUUUAAUUAAAGAGAACAGGGAGGAUAUAGCUACCCUUCUCGUAUAUGAGACCGGAAAGCCAAAAUCUGAGGCGUAUGGCGAGAUCGAUUACUCUACUGGCUUUACAUGGUGGUUCGCAGGCGAGGCCGAGCGUAUCCAAGGAUCUGUCUUCACACCCGCCCUGCCAAACCGACGUGUCUUCACCAUCAAACAGCCGCUCGGGGUUGCUGUUGCAUUGGUACCGUGGAACUUUCCAAUCGCGAUGAACCUAAGGAAGGCCGGUGCAGCCCUUGCAGCGGGAUGUACCAUGAUCAUCAAGCCUAGCCCUGAAACUCCAAUUACGAUUCUCACGCUGGCGUAUCUUGCGGAGAAGGCUGGAUUUCCAAAAGGUGCACUAACUGUGUUGACGACGGAUCUCGACAAAACACCUGAGCUCAGCGAGGCGCUUUGCCGGCACCCGCUGGUAAGCAAGGUCACUUUCACGGGCUCAACGCGAGUUGGCAAAUUGAUUGCUAGAAUUUGUGCGGAUAACCUGAAGAAGGUAACGCUAGAACUGGGAGGCAACUGUCCAGUCCUAAUUUUCGACGAUGCGAACAUCGAGCAAGCCCUGAGUCAGAUCUUCGCGCUCAAGUAUCGCCAUGCUGGUCAAGCCUGUAUCACUGCGAAUCGUAUCUACGUCCAGUCUGGCAUCUUCGACAAGUUCCUUGACCGUUGGAAUGCCGAGACGCAGAAGAUCGUUGUCGGCCAUGGCUCCGACGAGGAGACGACAAUGGGUCCAGUGACAACUCCUCGAAGUAUCCAGAAAGCGCUCGAACUCGUCGAAGAUGCAAAGAAGAAGGGCGCGAAGAUUCAUAUUGGUGGAAACAAGAUCGAAAAGAAUGGCGGGUACUUCUUCGAGCCUACGGUCAUUACUGGCGUUACCCAGGAUAUGGAUAUUGCAAGGGAGGAAAUCUUCUCGCCAAUCUCUACAUUCAUCAAGUUUGAGACGGAGGACGAGGCCGUGAAAGCAGCGAAUGAUACGAGCAUGGGCCUGGCAUCGUACCUGUUCACGAAGAAUGUCGAUCGUCUUUGGAGGCUAUUCGAGAGCUUGGAAGCCGGUAUGAUUGGGCUCAACACGGGUAACUCCUCGGCCGCCGAGUCCCCAUUUGGUGGAAUCAAGCAAAGUGGAUACGGAAAAGAGUCAGGAAAGGAUGUCGCGGUCAAUGAGUACUUGAUUACCAAGACUGGCACUUUUACUCUGGAAGAGCAAUCGUGAUUGCACUUAAACUUGAGCUAUUGUAGAUGUCAUUAGCUGAAAAUCGUUGUCCUUCACUUGUCUGACUGGAUUCGAGGGACAAAGCCUGAGACAGCUUUGUCUUACCCUGGGAGAGCGCAUUCACUGUUCACAUUCGAACCUAACUCUAAUGUAACUACCAGCCACUGACUAUUCUUCACUGAAAACUCUCGCAGUC